UGAUAACUUGGACUAUAUAAAAGCCUGUCCGUGGCAAUGUGUAUUGUAUUUUCAUAGCGAUGUGCAUGAUGGAUUGAUCGUUUGGUUGUUCGGUCACAUAAGUCUGGCGUUAUUUGUUUGGUCAAUCUGAUGGAAACAACCCUGGUUUUAUUCAACACUUUUAAGUUCCUGUGUGUACAUUUACCAUGGAUAACAAGUUUGAGCCCCACAUCACUAUUUAUACCGCUUGACAUUCUGAUGAUGCUCCUAUUGGAGUUUACGUGCCACCUGUUUUCCACAGCAAGGAGAAUGGAUGUUUUGAAUGUUCGGGGCAUGACAACAAUGAACAUGUUGAAUUUGAGGCACUUUCACCACAUAAUACGGUAAUAGACUACACAGAAACAGAUGGCCACCAGACGAUCUCGGCUUCAGGUUAAGCCUAACAUUGGCCCUAAGCCCAGUAGGGGGGGAAUUGCAGGGAGGAAAUCUUCCAGUGGAGAUGCAAAACCAACCAAAGAUGCCAAGAAACCAGAACCAACUCAAUGCAGUGAUCAAAAGGAACCUGAACCUACUGCAUGCAGUGAUCAAAAGGAACCUGAACCUACUGCAUGCACCAGUGAUCCCAAGAAAUAUGAACCCACUGAAGAUGCAGAGAAAUGUGACACCAUUAAAUCUGAACUGACUACAGUAAAACAAUCGACUCAAGAAAAGGUGGAUUGUCUAUUUCCUAAAUUGAUAGAUGUUCCUGUUGAAAGAGUUAAAGAAGACAUCAAUGACACAUCGAACAUUCAGGAACCAUCAACUAGCAAGUCAGCUAUAUUGAUAGAAAAGUCUCUCACAGGAAUUAAAAACAAAGGACCUGACAACGUUGUUGAAAUUAAAGAUACAACUUCAGAAAAGCAUGACAAGAAGCCAGAGACAAGACCUAAAUUCAGAAGCAGAUUUCCCAAAGCUAAACCAAACCUUGCAAAUAUUGGGAGGCCUGAAAACAGGAAAACCUCUCAUGUCCCCCCAGCUGCCAGUGCCAAACCACAACCAGAAGUUGAUGCAUCUGGCGAGCCAGAGGAAGAGCCAGUUUCAGAACAAGCCACUAUAGAAAAGACCACUGAGGAGGCCCCACUGAAUGUGACAACAGAUGUGGAGUGCAGUGGCCAAGACAAACUGAGGGGUGGGGACCAUGCUGACCACCCCCAGGCGUCAGAGAGCGAGGCUGACCUGGAGAAGAGUCCUCGCAAAUUUGAACCCAAGCCUCCUGAAAGGGGGGAGAAGUCUAUCUUUGAAAAACCUGUUGUGCCAAUAUUGAAACAAGAGAAGAAACCAGUAGUCAAGCAUUUGUGUCCAAAGAAGCGGAAACAACUACCUCCAAUUAAUGCGCCCCCAGACAGAGCCACCAUGAAGAUGAUUGAUCUGAUCUACUGGAACCCCUCAAGCAAUCCGAUGACAAAGAAGUUAGUGCCAGGCAAGCCUAAGGAAGUGUGUGUGACUGACUUGACAGCUGCCACUGAGGAGGAGAACCGAGUUGACACACCGGGAGACGACGGAGGUGAGGACUCACUUCCCGUGCCCCAAGUCAAGAUCGGACCAGAUGGCCAGAUCAUUCUCAAUGAGGCCAGUUUGGUUGUGGACAACAAGACCAGCGAUGAACCAAUGGAAACUGAUAUCAUUGAGGAGGAUGAGAGCACAGUCAACUACGAGAGCUUCCGUGAGAAGAGGCCCAAAACGUCAUGGAGUGAACUCGAGACGGUGAAGUUCUACAAGGCCCUCAGUACAGUGGGGACAGACUUCUCUCUUAUGAUGCACCUCUUCCCAAGUCGAACACGCCGAGAAAUCAAGAACAAAUUCAAGAAGGAGGAGAAGUUACACAGACGAGAAAUAGACAAGGCCAUUCAGAACCGAACGGCCUUCAACAUGACAGACUUUGAGCGUCUACAGGAGGAGGCGGAGGAGGAACACCGGCUGAAGCAGCAGAAGGAUCUCAUCAAGAAGGAGAAAGGUCAGCGGGGAAAGAAGCGGAAGACAGAUGCUGAUGACAUCAAGGAGAACAAGGCUGUCAAGACACGCAGGCGAAAGAAAAAAAAGACUGUGUUUCACGAAGACGAAGAUGAUGACCUUGAUGAUGCUGAGAGUUUCAGGGCGGAGGGAGACAGUGGCAAGAAGCCAGCUAGCAGUCGGGUGAAGGAAGUGGUGGAGAUCCUCAUGGACAUGAGCAGAGGGAAGCUGUCAGCAGGCACCAAGGGUCAAGGUGAAGGUCAGAAUGACCUCAGUGAUGCUGAGAGUGAGGCUCCGAGUGAGGCGCCUAGUGAAGCAGUGAGUGUUACCUCUGAUGUGUUUGUGCCCCGAAGUGUACGGUCGACUUUGAGGAAAAAGAUAACUACAUGCAAUAUUGAAGAAGAUAGGACAAUUGAUAAUCAAAUCCUAGCAACAGACAUUGCAACCUCAGGAGAUAUCGGUCAUCUAGUCAACAAUGUUAUGUCCAAAUCUGUGGUACCUGAAGCUGUGAAGUCUGAGGCAACAAAUAGUGACAUUCCCUCAGCGAUUCCUUCAGUGUCUUCUGCCAACUCUGGGAGUGUCUCUCACUGUCCCCCCACACCGAAAGUUCCGGCAGUGUCCGUCAACUCGGAUAAUGUGGGUGGGGUGCAACACAUGGAGAUCCCCGAGGGCCUACUGCCCAUCAUCAACACUGCGGGGGGUGCAGACAAGGUGCAGAUAGUGCUGGUGCACGACGUGGAUGCCGACUCGGGGCAGACUGUUGUCCAUGUGUAUAUAUUGCCCAAGACGGCAGAAGAGUUCUCUAUAGGUGGAAAUACAGUGCAGCUAACACCUACCAAAACCAACCCAAACUCUUCUGAUCGUACAGCUCAGUGUUCGCAAUCAAACAGGACUUCUCAGGGAAAUGUUUUUAAACAUGAACCAUUGUGUUCAGAACCAUCAGCCUCAACAUCCUCUACUGCGAUGACUGUUACUUCAUCCACCCCUUCCCAGCCCAUAGCUUCAACCUCCAGGGCUGUUACCUCAUCUCCUCUCACCCCCUUUAGAAGACUGUCCUCAAACACUGUCACUCUUGCACAGACUGCAGCAGUGUCGGCAGUGAAACCCUCAUCUCCAACAUCACCGCUACCGUCCUCAACACUUCACACAGCAGCAAUGUCGCCUGGAGGGUCAGACAAACUGGACAUUGAAGGCAUGAACCCAUUGACUUCACCUUCACCUUCACCUUCACCUUCACCUAGGGUUUGCUUGUUCAAGGAUGAAGUUGCUGAAACGUCAACAGAUGUCGGUCUCGCUGUGAAGAAGGAAUAAGUGUGUAUAGGGAAGGGAGUGCACGUGCACCAGAAAUAGAUAAAGAAUUGUUCAUUCGUCAGGUCUUGACAGUUGUGCAUACUGUUUUUAUUUAAGUUUUUAAUCAGGGUAACCAUGAAAUUGAAUGAACUUGCACAUAUAGUAUUUGUAUGCCAGAUUAUAGUCCUGCAUGUCCUCUUUUAAUUAUUUUAUCACAGUUAUGUUUUGAUUUUUAAGGGAAAACAUAUUUUUAGAAUUUUUCAGAUAUUAUUUGGGAUAUUUUAUUUAUAAGCAAAAUAAAUUAUAUGGAAAAACAUGUUUAUUUCCUGAUCUUGCACUGACUGAUAGGCAGAUGGAGAAUCAUCGAUAUCACAAUCAAAACCUAGAAAUGGCAGUAAAGCCAUGAGGAUGAAAAUGGCCAGCAGACAUUUUUAGCCUUGUGUUAUAAUCUCCACAUGAUUUGUGAGUGCAUUUUCAUGUGUGCUGCCAUUUGUUUUAUAUGAAAGAAAUCAAUUUCAAAGACUAUUGUAAAUAUUUGUCAUCAUGUCACAUUGUUCCAUUGUAGGAGAGUGAUGAAAUUUGUUGGGACUUGAAAACUGUUGGCAUAGAUGUAAAAUUAUUACUGAUUUUGUGUUUGCAAAAUAUUGCCAGUAACAUGAUUAGAAAUGUAGAGGGUUCUUUCCACACACUGGUACGUAGUGUAUGUUCUAUUUUUCUAUUCAGCAUUAGGCCAUAAUAUCUUAGAUUGUUAUCAGAAUGUCAUUCCGCCAGCCUCACUACCAAGUACCCGCCUUCUGAAAAAAUAUGAAUGGAAAUGAAAUAGUUGCUUUGAUUUAUUGUGGCCUUAGUAUAUGGGCUUUAUGACACAUAUGAUUCAGUGGCCUGGAGAAAGAGAAUAACGGUCAAUUAUCAAAAGCAGACUUAAGAAAUACUGAGGGAGCAUCCAUUUGAUUUGGAUGGGUUUGAGAACAGUCUAGUUUUUACCCAAGUUAUGUCCACAAACUAUUUAUUUACUGAGCACCAUCAAACAAUCUAUUCCUUUUCACUAUUAACACAAAAAAUUAAAAUUGAAAAUUCAAACAAUCUAUUCAUUUUUUUCAACACUGCCAACAAACUCUAUAUUUGGGGCAUAUAUCCGAAGAAACUGUUCCUAUAACAAAUCUUCCCACCCACCCCAAAGAUAUCAAAGGGGUGCUCCCUAAUGGACUAAGUAAAUUCAUAUUUAGCACAACUGUGUUUUUGUUUAUUUAGCCUGCGCCAAUUGUGUCUCUAGGUAUAUCUGCACCAUACCCACGCUGACUGGUUUCACCGGUAAACGUCUCAGACCUGCAGCACUUCUGGCUUCCCUUGCACAGUCAGAACAGAUAAAGCAGACAUUUAUUCAAAGCAGGGUUACCCCAAGCUCCCUCUCAUCAUGUUCUCUGCAGCUCCUGUCAUGUUUCUCUCCCCAAACCAGCACUUCCUGUCUCUCAGUGGGGACAUGUGAAAGAAAUAAGUCCACAAAUAUUGCCAUAUCAUGGUCUGUUAUAAUACACACCUGUUGAAGCUCCCUACAGCGUCAAGGACAGCCUCCCUAAGUCACCUGUCUGGUUUUAGUAAAAGUCAUCUUGAUAACCCUUGUUUAGACUGGUGAUAGAUGCACCUAGUAUGAGUAAUUAUGGUUAAGUUAAAACUGCACAUAUGCAGGGAUUUCUUAUAUUGAGAGUUUAACUGAUUCUACCAUGAAUUUGGAAAUUCCUCGAUUUUGAUUGGUCAGUCAGAGGUUUCAAAUCACAACAAACCCCUCUGAUUGAAACAGCUGAUUUGACAGCCGCAUCACAGCAUAAGUUAAUAUUUUUAGAAUAGUAUUUCUUUUACAGUCAUUUUCCAUAGGCAUAUUUAAAUAAUUAUGUGUACAUUAUAGGCUACAUAAUGAAAACUUGCGGUUACUUCAAUAUUCAAAGGAUGUGGGGCAAUAUAUUUCGUGCAUAAAACACAAUAGAAAUCUACAAAGAUAAUGUAUUUCAAGUUUGGAGGACAACAGAGAGCUUUGCUAUUUGGCACUCUUCUAUAUACGACUGUGUCGUCAUAUCAUUUGCGCCACAGAGCAAUGUGACAUUUUAAUUGUGACAUGAGGUGUAGAAUGAAACCAUAGUAAGGCUUGCUUAUUUUUCUUUAAGGGCUGCCUACCUUAUAUUUGCUUACGAAGUUGCCGUGCUGUACAUGACUUGAGUGCCUGUCAUAAGUAUUACGCUGUAGACAAACUGCUUGAGUGUAUACAGCUCCAUAUUUUGUUUAAAGGCUGUUGUCGGUGAUUCCGUAAAUUCUGAUCGACAACUCACUCAAAACAUUGGACCCACCCCAUGCCACUUCACUCAAUGUAUUUUCUAACACCAAAGAGUUCAAGUCUUAUUUAGUCAUGGUAGAAUGGAGAUAAACAUACUGUAUUUCCAAGGAAGAAGGUUACCUGUAGGUUUUAAGGUUCUAAAUUGAACAUUUGAAACUUCACGCUUUUCGUU